AUGGCGCCUACGCCUUCAGCCUCGGUCUUUACUCUCCCAUUACCGCCCUGGCUUCAACCACCUGACUCUCGUGCAUCUAAGUACGAUCGCAAGCGCAAGAAUGUGGAACACGAUCACCCAGAUGACGAAACGACUGAUGUCGCAUCGGGGGUAGAAUCUGAGCCCGCGGGCCCUUCCUUGGUACUGACACCAAAUGAGUCUCAUCAAUACCGCGUGGCCGGCCACUCUUUUCAACAAGAACUGCCCCGGGGCCAAUUCCCCCAUGGACCGCCCCGGGACGAGGCGAGGAAGCAGACUUCUUCAAGCCAACUGGAAGCCUUGGCAGAUCUAUCAACCCCAAUUUACCCCCACAGGGCGACGAACAAGGCAACAUCCGCUUCCAGCAUCUCGGUGUAA